UAGAAUAAAAAAUUAACCUUCUGACUCAGGCUUUCUCUCUGUUUAAUUUUCUACUGUCUGGAACAACAUUGGCCUGCUUGCAGACUGUUUGCCGUGCACACACUGCGGCUAUGUUGAGGGGUUUAUGGCUGAACUGAACGUGGAACUUUUGAGAUACGACGACCGUGACUGCGGCUGCGAUUUUCUGCUCCUGAAAUGUGCUGGAUCAUCCCUUAAUAAGGAAUAUGUAGCUUUGGAUGUACAAGGUGAAGUCAGUUGGAAGAUAUGGCAUGGUUUUCAUGGCAAUUGCAGGCAGCUGACAGCUCUAUAAAAGUACAAACCGAUCCUUUAAGGUUCAUCAGAAUGACGUCUAUAGUGCUGCUACAACAGCUUACAAAUGUCUAUGCACUGUAGAAAGAAAACUGCUGCAUGGAUAGUGUGAAAGAAAUAUAGAUCCCCCAUUAUGUCUGCUAUUUAGAAUUUCGAAGCAUAUUAUGGCAAAAAAUGAUGACCCUCUUAUACUCAGAGGAAACUAUCCGUGGUUAUAGGCUCUCAUUCCACACACUCAUAACUCAUAACAUUUACAGAAGAAAAUUGUUGUAGUGUUGUAUCAACAGUGGAGCUCAUCUUCUGACUCAAAUCUAUUUGUGGAGAAUUAAUACGUAUAUCAUCAAAAGAUGUCAGUGGGGCAGCCGCCAGCAGUAAGGGGUGCGGCGUGUCUGACAUGUAAAGGGAUCUGCUCUGGAUUCCAGCCACAUUCCUGGAGAAAAGCUUGUACUCAGUGUCACUGCAGCCGGGAAGACCACGCCCCCAGCUCGGACCUUGAGGAUGACUAUAAAAUGGGUCGAUUGCUGGCGGACUCCAAAUACGGCCACCUGACUGCCAAAGUGAAAGGUGGUGACGGCCUGAGAGUCUACAAGCGCAACCGGAUGAUCAUCACCAACCCUGUGGUGUCUCGCAAAGACCCCACCUUCAACACAAUUACCUAUGACUGGGCUCCACCUGGCCUGACUCAGAAACUGGCCAUGCAAUACAUGGAGCUUCUCCCGGAGGAAAGGCGGCCCGUGGCGGGCACAGAGGGGGCACUGUACAGGCGCAGGCAGUUGAUGAGGCAGCUCCCUGCUUAUGAUCAGGACCCGUCACAGUGCCACACUUUGUCCGAGGACGAAGUCAAAGCCAUGGCUCAGUUUGUAAUAAGUUAUAAAGAGGACACGUUGGGAGUGGGCGAGGUAGCGCUGCCAGGAGAGGGAGGAAUGUCCAAAGACAACGGUGGAAAACAGAAGAAUGGAAAAGAACAGCCAAACACUGAGCCCACCACCAAUGGCACACUGGAAGAGAAAGGAAAGAAGAGUGAAUAUCACUGUAGUGGUUGUGGGAAGCUGGCUGCCCUGGACAGUCCCGUCGUGUACGCUGAGAGAGCCGGAUACGAGCGGCUCUGGCAUCCUACCUGCUUUGCGUGUGCAGAGUGUAACGAGGCGCUGGUUGAUCUGGUGUACUUCUGGAGGAACGACACUCUGCUAUGUGGCCGGCAUUACUGCCAGGGUCUGAAGCCGCGCUGUCCGGGCUGCGAUGAGCUGAUCUUCUCAGAGACAUGUCAUAAGGAGAAUGGCCAGGCCUGGCAUAAGGAGCAUUUCUGCUGUUGGCAGUGUGGUCAGAGUCUUCGCGUACAGUGUAGCUGCGAUAAAAACCCCCAAAAGUGAACAUCAAACCCACCUGCUGUGCGCAAGCAGAAGGCCAGUUUGGAGAUGUUUAUUGCCAUCCAGACUGUAUCUCUCUAUUAUAUAUGCAUUUGAAAUAUUAAUCGAAUCAUGUCACACCGCUAAUUUAGACAGCGGUGGCAGUUCUAGCAAACAGUGUAGGUGUUUCAUUAGCCGACGCCGGGGGUAUAUCAUAAAAUUGUGUUGUUUUUUUUUACCCAAAUCUCCAAAACGGUUUUGUAUAUUACUGAGGAUUAGUAAAUAGAAGGACCUACGCCUGAGUGUUUAGAGAAAAACCAUACUGCACCGACUCUUCACGUCAUUGUAUAACGCAGUCAUGGGUGUGACUCGAAGGAUGUGACUGACGUAAUGAACAGAUUGGACCUUUAGGGCAGAGACUCGUUUGCAUCAUACAUCUGGUUUUUACACAGCACACAAGAUCACAUAUGGAUGACUCACUGAUGAGCUGGAAGUUAGUCAGAAACAACCAGGAGUGUGAGCUCAAAGUAUUAAAAGUGACACCAUUUUUCUUCACUGGGCUUCGUGACAGACUCGUCUGAAGAUCGAAGGUUCAGAUACAACAACAAACACGAAACAGGAGGAGAGAGAUGUAGAAAACGAUUAUCGCUAUCUGGGUUUAAAGAAGUGAUGAAGAGGCAGAGGUUCUGGAUGCAGUGAAACGCUCCAGCUUUCUCUCUGCCAGCUGAGCUGUCUGGAGUUUCACUAGCAGACGUUCGCCGGCGUUGUCAGAGAUAAAACAGAUCCUGCCGUGAAUAAGCAUGUGGGUAAGAGUUCAUGCGGUGAACUUGGUCUAUGCUUGAGGGCGUUUCAUACGAGGGUGUUGGUAAAUAGUUCAUAGCCCUGACACUCACGGUCCUGAGCUAGGAGUCCUGUCACAGUUGGAUGGUGUUAGAUUACAGAAAGCUUCAAGUGUCCUUAAGUAUUAUAUAAAUAAUUAUCUAUAUCUAUAUGUAAGUACAAAUUAUUAUCUACAUUGAGAAAUGUUUGGAAACGCUAAAUUGAAUACACACCCACUGGCCACUUUAUUAGGAAUACCUGCACUCCUGCCUCACUUAUCCAGUCAGCCAAUCAUAGCCAGACUGGUUUAAGCUAACAGGGAGUCUGUGAUAUUUUAAAUACAACCGUGCUUUACAACCGUGGUGAUCAGAAAAUCAUCUCAGAACACAAAACACAUAGAACCACUAAGGCAGCAGCAGUAGCUCUGUGUUUAAGGCAUUGGUCUACUGGUCUACUGGUCUACUGGUUAGAAGGUUGUGGGUUUGGAUAAGUCAUCUUCCAAAUGUUGUAAAUGAAUAGAUAGAUAGAAAAACUAAUUCUCAGCAGUCAAACUAUAAACAGCAGACAUGGUACUCAAGACUAGAAAUGAUGGAUCUAAAAUGUUGUAUCAUGUCAGUUAAAAACCUCUGUUACUCACUAGCAUUGUCUAUAAGGCACAGCCUUGAGUAGGUGAACAGUAGGUAGUGCAGAUAAAAGCAAGUUCUGUGCAAACAUUAGGGUGAAGGUUUGUACAAAUGAGGUACUUUUUAUUUAUUUAUUUUUAAAUAAAUGAAUAUUUGAGUAGAAUGAGUAGAACAUUAUGUUCCAGGUUUGGGAACCAGUUCACCUUGUAGCUUCAGAUACAUGUAUAUGCGUGACAGAUGUGCAGCCCUUCGUGGUCCUUUGAUAGAACAUCUGCCUUAAUAUCUGACGUGUUGUGUGAGAUGCUUUUCUGCUCGGUCAUAGUAUAUUUUUAAGGAGAUCUUCAGUUACUGAAAUUUUCAAACCAGACCAUUUGGAACCAACGAAGAUACAAUGAUCAACGUUUGGGCAGAUUUAAGUACAUCAUCGAGUAUAUAGUGUAUGUAGUACUUUAGGACACUUAAUACAAAAUAUUUGAACAAAUAUAAAUGGUAAAACUUUUUUUUUUCUUUAAAAUGUACAAUAUAAAAGUCUGUGUAUUGAACGAAAUCUUCUUUAUUUCGUAUGUUGAUGAUUUCUCUCUGAGAUUCAUCACCAUCACCAGCUUUCCUCAACACCAGCCACAAACAGCAGUCCUGGAUCUGGUCCUGAGCGGUUCGGAAUUCUGGCACUAAUGCAACCUAAUAUCAUUUAGUCAUUGUGUUAAAUGUUUAUACAGAUGUUCCAGUUAAGCUUUAGAGAGAAAAUAAAUGCCCUAGAUGUGAAAACGUGCCAAUUCCUGUAAAUGUGCUUAUUUUAUUAUGAAUAUUAAGUUUGGUAUCGUUUAAGAUUAAUGCGUUUGGAGACAGAAUCAAAGUGUAGACGUGAAGCGGCGACGUCGCACGAUUAUUUUCCUUUCACAGCGAGCUAAUGCGCGGUCCCUGAGGGAACCUCCAAACAGAAGAUCUGUGAAAAAGGAGAGGUUUAGAUAUCAAAGAGUGUUUGUGUUCGUAUUUAUUAAUGAUGUGAAAAUCAGAAACUCGCGUUCGCCUUUCGGGUUAACGUCUUCUCGUCGGUUUUCGUAGAAUAAAAAUAGAAAAAACGAUGUGUAUUUUAUUAUAAAGAGGAUGUGUAUAAAUAAGUGACUGCAGGGUAGUAAAAAAAAAGGUACAAAAGGAUCUUUCGAACUGGAAUGUUCACAUUGUAAAGUGUAGAAGCAGGAUGAGAUGUUUCAGGCAUAUCAUACAGGUGGGAGAAUAACGUUAUCAAAUGAUUUUAUCACCAGAGGAAAAGGGAGUCGUUGCAUAUUUGUGAGAACAUUGGUAUCAUAAACCGGUGAUGAAUUAUUGUAUUACGCUGAUGUGCUUCCUUUGAAUAAAUCAACUGGAAGGCUGACCUUGGAGUGGAAAACGGAUAAAGUACACAAACCAAAGUUCUGCUUUUGUCUGUAAGCAAUUAUAUAUAAAAUGUUAAUUUUGAUAUCUGAUAUGAAAACUUUUUAAAGAUCUGUUCUCUAAGCGACGUUCGUGUCCGUCGCUAAAUUAUAAUGACCGACGCAGUAAUUUGUGUUGUUUGUUUUAAAACGGCAUUAUAUGAUGCUAAGACUUUAUGCAACUGAUUUCUUUUUUCUUUUCUUUGAGAACUAUUUCAUUAUUUUUUUUUAUCAUAUCUGUUGAGUGCUAAAGUUUGCUUUUGAUUGGGGGAAUAUAUAAAAUACCACAUUUUUAUGUUUCAGAGUAUGAUGAUUUGAGGACAUAAAAGACACCAAAAGGCUUAAAAAAUGAUUCAAGAAUAUUUUGUCAUAUUCAAAAAAGAAAAUGUCAAUUUUCGACUUGUAUAAUUUUGUGUUUUCACUGUUGAUCUGUAAAUGUAUACUAUUUGCAUAUUUACUUGCAAUGAAUUUUAUAUAUAAAUAACAAUUUGAGUUUGUUGUAUGCAAACGUUUGCACUCGACAGAUUAAAAAAUGACCUGAUUGCUGCCUUCAUAUUUCAAUGUAUUUCCUUGAUCUAUGAAUAAAUACCACAAACAAUA